AUGGACUGUGCAUGCUCUUAUGGAUUAUAUAUUGCUUGCUUGCUUGCAUGCUUCACUCGAUUAAGUAGGCCUCAUAAGUCUUCAAGAAUGGAUCUUAAUCAGCAGAUAAAUGCUGAGCUAGAUCCAGCUCUGAAUUGGAUUAAAACUAAUAGCUUUUCUUUUAGAUUCUAUGAUGGAAAAUUUCAUAUUUUAUGUAAUAAUUGUCUACAGGCUACUGGGUUAAUAAUCAAUUGAUAUCAAUUUAAACAAAAGAUUUUAUUUAAACCUUAA